GUUCCUGGUCACUACCGGCUUCCGGUUGUGUUUGCGUCCUGUUUUUGCUUGCCGUUCAUCGCCCGGCCGCCUUGUCGCGAACCAGCCGACGACAAGAUGGCCGCUUCCGCGUCGUCCGGCGACGACGUGAGGAAGGAGCUGACCUGCGCCAUCUGCCUGGACUUCUUCAAGGACCCGGUCAUCCUCAAGUGCGGACACAAUUUCUGCCGCUUCUGCAUCUGCAUGCACUGGGACGAAAAUGGCGGCGACUACGGCUACCAGUGCCCCCAGUGUCGAGCGGUGUUCAACAAGAGGACGUUCACACAGAACUACCUGGUGCAGAAUCUGGUGGCCAAGAUGGACAGUCUGGAUUGCUUAGGUUCGAGUCCGACCCCCGCCAAGCCGAUCAAGGUGGACGGCAAGUGCGAGCUGCACGGCGAAGAGCUCAAGUUGUACUGCCAGGCGGACAAGAAGCCCAUCUGCGUGGUGUGCCGCGAGUCACGCACGCACAGAUAUCACGAGGUGGCUCCUGUCUCAGAGGUUGUCCAUGAAAUGAAGGUGGAGUUGAGACUGCGUCUGAGGCCGCUCAACAAUUUCAAGUCGCAGUGCGUCAAAGUCAUCACCGCCGACGAACGUACCAAAAACGACAUCAGGAUGAAGAAGCAGCGUCUGAAGGAGAAGGUGGAGGCGGACGUGGGCGCGCUGGUUCAGUUCCUGCUGGACGAGCGAGACGCGCUCCUGGACAGCCUGGACGCCGAGGAGGCGGCGGCCGUGGCCGUGGUGGAAGACAACCUGGAGAGCGUCCGCGCCGAAGCGGCCGACGUGGCCAAGCGCAUCACCGACAUCAACCAGCACGUCAACGGCGACACCGGCUUCCAGAGCCUGGCCGAGACCUUCAACAACGCCUUGCGGGAGACGUACGGCGAGGUGAAGCCCGUCGACAGUCCCACCGAGUUCACCGACUUCUCGGGACCUUUCCAGCUCAUCAUGUGGAAGAAGAUGAUGCACGUGCUGCACACCAUGCCCCAGAACCUGACGCUGGACCCGGACACGGCGCACCCCAACCUCCUGAUCUCGGACUUCGACACCAAGGUGGAGGAGCUGCGCGCCCGCAGCCAGGAGCCCGACCUGCCGGUGCGCUUCACGCGCUUCUGCGGCGUGCUGGCCACGGCGCAGUACUGCGGCGGGCAGCACUACUGGGAGGUGGACGUGCGCGACAAGGGCGUGUGGUACCUGGGCGUCACCACCGAGGGCAGCAACCGCAAGGGCUUCGUCAGCCUCACGCCCUCGGCCGGCUACUGGAGCCUGUGCCUGCAGGACCGGCUGUACGCCAACGGCGAGGACGGCCGCGUGCCCGUGGCUGACUACUGGAACUCGCCGCGCGUGGGCGUCUUCCUGGACUACGACCGCGGGCGCCUCAGCUUCUACGACGCCGUCACCAUGAAGCGCCUCUACAUGUUCGACACCUGCUUCAUGGAGCCCGUCUACCCCUUCUUCAGCCCGGGCAAGAACGACCCGGGCAGCCGCCUCUGCAUCUGCCACUACUACUGACCG